CCCCCACUGGUCUAUUCCAAGGCUGUCCGAUGGAAAAAGACCCAGAAAUAGUGUAGGAUAUCAGGAGAGAAACAAGAAACUGAAGCCAAGGAGGGAGACGAGGCCUGGGCUGAAGGUGAGUGUGAGAAGGGGAGAAGGAGAACCAGGAGCAGGGAGAGAUUGGAAAGUGCGGUGGACUUUAGUGUUUGCAUUCAAAAGUGAAGGGGUGUCUAUCUGUAGAGUGAGUGUUGGUUGGCAGGUGAUCACAGAGACUGAGGGAGUCAUGGAGAAUGAACAUGUGCCCCCUACCUCAGGCUCCAGCAGCAGCAGCAGCAGCACCACCACAACCACCACCACUAGCAGCACUGUUACCAGCAGCAGCUCCAGCAACGGGAGGCAGCCAGUGCCUCAGAUAUCUGUAUACAGCGGGAUCCCAGACAGACAGACAGUCCAGGUGAUCCAGCAGGCCCUGCAUCGGCAGCCCAACACCGCGGCACAGUACCUGCAGCAGAUGUACGCCGCCCAGCAGCAGCAUCUCAUGCUGCAGACUGCUGCCCUCCAGCAGCAGCACCUGAGCAGCGCGCAGCUCCAGAGCCUGGCAGCCGUGCAGCAGGCCAGCCUUGCUGCUAGCAGACAGGGCUCCAACCAGAAUGGGAGCACUUCUCAGCAAACCGGAUCAUCACAGACUACUCUUAACCUAGCCACCUCCCCGGCUGCAGCCCAGCUGAUCAGCCGCGCACAGAGUGUGAACUCUGCUGCCUCUGGGAUCGCACAGCAGGCUGUCCUCCUCGGAAACAGCUCCACCACCGGCCUCACGGCCAGUCAGGCACAAAUGUACCUGCGCGCACAGAUGGCACAGCAGAGUAACCUUGUGCAAGUAGCUAGGAGCCUAGGCCGUGCUGUCCCUUUGUCCCCUCAGCUCAUUUUCACUCCAACCGCUACAGUCACUGCCAUCCAGCAAGAGGUCUCCAAUCAGUCUACUGGCCAACAAACAGCCUCUUCCCAGGUCCAGAACCUGGCUCUCCGCAGCCAGCAGGGCCCGACCACAGCCUCCCCUUCCCAAGCUCAGCUCCAGAGCCUGGGUCUCAAACCGACCCCCGGCAGCCAGGCUGCUCCCCCCGCUGGCUCUGCUGCCUCCCAGCCCAAAGCUUUAGGGCAGGGGGCCUUGACUCUGGUGGGGAAGGGAGCCUCGUGUGAAGUCUCAUCGGAGGGAGGGAAGAAAGGAGAGAGCCCGGCCAGCCUGGAGACUCGUGUGGUGACCGUUAGCAGGAAUGUGACGCCUGUGUGCAGCCACCCCCUCAUCACUCCAGCUUACACACAGAUCCAGCCCCACCAGCUGAUUCAACAGCAGCACCUCCAGCAGCAGCACAAGCAGGUCCAGCAGCACCAGUUUGUGAUCCAGCAGCAGCAGCCACAACUGAACGUCCCUCAGAGGUCCCAGCCUCACCUCCUCCACUCUGCCUCCAUCCAGCCACAGCCAGUCCAGACCCUCACUAUCCAGCCCACAGUGCAGCCCCAGACCCAGCAAUGCACCAUCCCAGUCCUGCCCAAGCAGCACAUCACACCUAGUCCCCAGGCCACCAUCUUCCACUCCACGCUGGGCCCCCAGACCGUCGCCCACAAUGGGCAGCCCUCAGCCCUGAGCCAGGCCCAGCAGAGCGCCCAGCCUGUGCAGGUGGCAGCCGUCAAUCUGCAGAUCCAGCCUGCGCCUUCCACGCCCCCAAAACUGGUCCAUGACGGUGUGAGUAAAGAGAAGGUGACCUCUGUGACGGCCAGGGAGCCAAUCAGAACCAGCAGCGUCCAGCAGCCCUUCUCCACGCCUUCACCUACCACAGCCACAACAGAGCCACACAAACCAGAUGCCAGCAAGCCAGCCACGCAAGGUAAAGCUCAGGAGAGAGGAGUGCAUGUGAAGGCAGGGGGCGCCUCUGCUCCAGCCAUGACCUCGGGGAACGGGAACAGCACUUCCACAGUCACAGGGAGCGCGCCACAGAACGGGGAGAACAAGCCUCCCCAGGCCAUCGUCAAACCCCAGAUCCUCACACACGUCAUCGAGGGCUUUGUCAUCCAGGAGGGGGCUGAGCCUUUCCCUGUGGUUCGCCCCCCGCAGCUCAUCGAGAACCUGAAGAAACAGAAGCAGCAGCUCCAGUCAGACCCAGAGAAGACCCCUCACAGCAACCUUCCCAAUACCACAGACUCUGAAAUGGAGGAUCUUACACAACAAGAUUUAAAAGAUCAGGAGGAAGAGGAAGAGGAGGAUGCCCCAAAGCUGAAGUGUGAGCUCUGUGGCAGAGUUGAUUUUGCUUACAAGUUCAAAAGGUCCAAGAGGUUUUGUUCCAUGGCCUGUGCAAAGAGGUACAAUGUCGGCUGCACGAAACGAGUGGGCCUGUUCCAUCCGGACAGGAGUAAAAGCACACCAAAAUCAGACGGUCCCAAACACAGACGCAGGAGGUCACGCAAGAGCAGUCUGCAGCAUCUGAACCAGGAGACGCAGAAGCAGCAGCCUGCCACACUGCAAUCACUGGGCGGGCCAGUCUCCUCUCCGCUCCCCUCAAACCCCAGCCAGGAGUCCAGCCCGGGCUCGGAUAUCUCUAGCUAUGAGGAACCCCCCUCUCCACUGUCUGCCGCCAGCUCUGGGACUGCUCCCGGGAGACAGGGUCCCGCAGGGAGAGAGCUGCCCCUCCUCACACAGCACUUCCUUCCCAGUGACCCCACCAAGUGGAACGUGGAAGAAGUGUACGAGUUCAUCCGCUCCCUGCCCGGCUGCCAGGAGAUCGCAGAUGAGUUUCGUUCCCAGGAGAUUGACGGGCAGGCCAUGCUGCUGUUAAAGGAGGACCACCUCAUGAGCGCCAUGAACAUCAAACUGGGGCCUGCCCUGAAGAUCUACGCCCGCAUCUGCCUGCUGAAGGAUUCCUAGCCCAUCUCCCCUCGGGGGCCCGCCCCUCACGCACACCAACCCCACCACUGCGACGCCGCCGGCCGUCUCGACACAAGCAAACCACGGGGACGCAUCAGUGCCACGGGUAUGCUGCUACACUGUAUGUGCGACACGGACAGCUUUUAUUUUGAUGGUAUUUCAGAGCCUUCAGCACGUUUACAGAGCAAGCACCCUCAUCAAUGAUCAAAACAAGGGCUAUCUUGUGUCUGAUACACACGUGACAUUAAAGAACACAGGCACGUCCAGUGAAGUUCAAGCCAGGAUGGGAUUGGGGGGGUGGGGUGUUGAGAAACAUAUUUUUGGUUAUUUGUGAUUUCUACCCUGUAGAAAUGGUUGCUGUGGUGUUUUGAUUCUGACAUCCAGAAUGCUAAUGUUUUAUACAGUGUGAUGGUGAUUUUUAAUUUUUUUUUAUUUUGUUGUUGUUAUUUAAAAAAACGGUUCCUACAGGUGAGGGAUAGUUAUACACAGGUAAUAUGUGCUCAUUGGCAGUGUCCUGUAUAAGGAUUUUCGCUUGAGGUUGUCUAUCCAUUGUAGUAGUUGUGUGUGGUUGCCCCUGCCCUUCUUAUCCUCCCCUUGCCCAGAUCCCUUGUCUACACUCUCAGGGUUUCCAGGACAUUUCUUACAGUAAGAAUUCAGUUGUGUGAAGCCACCCCCUCUUUGGGUUCAUUUAUUUGAAAUUCACAGUAGUGUGCCGUUUUAUGUCCACUUGGGUUUCAGCUGUAAGAAAUGUCUCCACCAUGGUGCUGGCUUGUGUUAACUAUUUUCAGACAACCCCCCUUAAGAGACCAACUCUACCACAUGGACACUGAAAAUGAGGAGCAAGUAGACUCUAGUUUAGGUAGGACCAGCCCACCUGCUUGGUUUUUUGUUUUCUCCCACAGUGCUGCAGAGUUGUUCGUAUGUAUUAUUAUUUUUCCAUCAGUAGUGCGAUCUCCCUUUUUAAAAAUGUAAUAAAGUACUGCUGCUUUCCAAAGAUGACUCUGAAAACAUUCCACCCUUUUUCAACAAAAUAAAGUUCAGUAAACUUUA